GCUCGAUCCUGCUCGCGCUCAGACCGCUGAGAAAUAGCGGGCAGAAGAUGGCUGACUCGACCGGGCACCGUGAGCCCGCAGCAGCAGCAGCAUCAACUUCACCGGGGUAUCACGCGCGCCUGCCAUUCGCUGCCACUCCGCAACUCUGAAACCGCCCCGCCUCGCUCCGUGCCGUGCGCCCGCGGGGUUUUCACCCCCAAAUAUUGACUGAGAUUUAAAGAAAACAUGGCUGAGAUGGAGAAAGAGGGAAGACCUCCGGAAAGCAAGAGGAGCAGAAAGCCAGCUCACCCCGUGAAGAGGGAAAUUAACGCAGAGAUGAAGGUUCCGUCCAAUCGGCCCCUCCCAGGGGUGGGGCAGGCAGGAAAUCUUCAUGGCAACUCGCCCUACUUGAUGAGUUUUGCUGAAAACACCAUGAAUGAGUUGCUUGGAUGGUACGGAUACGACAAAGUGGAGUUACGAGAUUCAGACGACAUAGAGAUCCGCAACUAUCCUGAUGUAGAAAUGCGGCAACACAUCUCUGUCCUGAAAGAGAACUCUUUGCCAAAAGCGUCCACAUUGGAGAACAGCAGUGGUUCUCCUCCACACGCCAACAGCUCUGGCUCUACUCCCACAUCACGCAACGGAGUGACAGCCGAGACAUCUGUAAACCCCUCCUCCUCAAAGGAGCAUGGAGGCCUGCCAAUCAUAGUGCCCUUAAUCCCACCCCCUCUCAUAAAAGCACCAGCAGAGGAGGACUCGUCUAAUGUUCAGAUCAUGUGUGCGUGGUGUCAGAAGGUGGGAGUGAAGCGUUAUUCUCUCAGUAUGGGCUCUGAGCUCAAGAGCUUCUGCAGUGAGAAAUGCUUCGCUGCCUGUCGACGUGCCUACUUCAAACGCAACAAGCUUGGAUAUGUGAGGAAUUGCAGUGCCAGAGAGGAGGAGGGUGUUCCGACCCACAGCUUGUCCAAAGACACGCCCAGACUUGUGCUCAAGACAAACAGCGAUGUGCUUGUCUGUGAUUGGUGCAAACACAUCCGCCACACUAAGGAAUACCUGGAUUUUGGAGCGGGUGAGAGGAGGCUUCAGUUUUGCAGUGCUAAGUGUCUGAACCAAUAUAAGAUGGACAUAUUCUAUAAAGAGACUCAGGCUGCACUGCCAGGGGGUUUGUGUAACCCUCCUCUCCCCACCAGUGAUACGAAAUCAGAGAGCGGUGCGGGUGUACAGCUCCUUACACCUGAGUCCUGGAGUGCACCUCUAAGUGAGCUCCGCAGUCGAAAGGCACCUUCACCAGUGGGUGCCACUAUAGUUGGACCUUCUGGAUCCACGUCGGGGUCACCAUCUGAAGCUGGAACAGUGUGUUCCUCAUCGUCCUCAUCAUCUUCAUCAUCAUCAUCAACGAAAAUCCCCACACCACGGCCACAUGAAAGCCCUGCUUUACCGCCACCUCAUCCACCACCUAUAGCAGGGUUACAUCCAGCUCUGGGUAUGCCACCUGGCAGCCCACCUAUGGUCAUGACACCCCGAGGCCCAGUUCCUCUCCCUAUCUUCAUGGAGCACCAGAUGAUGCAGCAGAUGCGCCCUCCGUUUCUACGACCCCCAGGCCCCAACAGCCCUCAUUCCAAUCCCAUGAUCCCUGGCAUUGGGCCACCACCACCUCCACGGACUUUGUGCCCUCCAUCAAGCCCUAUGCACCGCCCACUCCUUUCCCCCCAUUUACACCCUUCCUCUACCCCAACCCUUUCUGGGAACCCUCCAGGUAUAUUACCCCCUCACCCUGCUGCCCACAUGCCAGGCUUGCCUUUCCCCCCAGUUAACAUGAUGCCAUCUGGUCCCAUCCCAGUUCCACCCAUUAUGAAUAUUGGCAUGCCUUCUCUGGCCCCCUUAGUGCCUCCACCAACGUUAUUAGUGCCCUAUCCAGUGAUUGUGCCAUUGCCAGUCCCCAUACCCAUACCAGUACCCAUACCAUUCAAUCCGCAGCGGUCAGGUGACAGACCAGGAAAUGAUGGAACACUUCCGAACACUGCAAACGAGCAGAAAGAUUCAAAAGCACCACCAUCAUUUUCCUCUAGAGGAGAGGAGAGGGACUUUCAGAAAGCCCCUCCUACCUCAGACACGCUUUCACCAGAAUUUUCCAAACAGACCGAGCAGGGUAGGACAGACAUGGCAGAUUUGAUGGUUAAAAUGGAAAACUCUGGUAAAGGAAGCUCUGAACACUCACGUAAAGACACACCAGCAGAUGGAGUCAUUGAUCUUACGACCAGUCAUCGCUCCCGGCAACAGCUAGUGAUCCAGAGGGCUGUAACCUGUGUGCAGGUAAAAACAGAGCCUGGGUUAAGUCCACCGCCUGCACUAUUAGGUGAAACUGAGUUGGAUGGGUCAACAAGUACUAGCACAGGAACAGCAAAAUAUGACCACAGAGACACAUACAGUAAUGCUGAAAGCCCAUUGGCUAGUGUAGCUCUGCCUUGUGCUGACCCAUCCUACUGCAGCGGCACGCCACCACUUUCUCAGCCAAUCACAUGCAGUGCCUCCACUAUACCUAGCAACAUCACCACCGCUAAGACUGAGCCUGGCUCUGCUACACCCUGCAAUGUGAUCGUUAAUGGGAGCUGUAAUUUGCCUCCAACAGAGAGUUUGAUCAGAACGCCUCCAUUAGAGCAACGUCCUCAGGUGGACACCUGCCGCAGGACGACCACAGUGUGCGGUGAGCCUGCGGGGGCAGAUCUAGAAGGAGAGGACCUGAAAGAGAACAGCUGCCUGGCCACUGAAAGGGACUCGGCAGGUAAGAGAUGUUCAAAUGACCAGUCUGCCAUUACUGCAGGAACAGGGGACGAUAAACCUCAGAGCCCUGAAGAUGACCCAUCUGGUGAGGACCAUGCCUACGCCUUGCCCAUAAUGCCCAAACCUGGCUGUGUCAUUCAACCCGUGCCCAAACCUGCUGACAAAACUGCUGCCAUCUUGCCCUGUGGCUUGACAGCCCCAUUAACGGGAACUGUUCCAAUGGAAAUGGAGCCUCCGCUGAAGAGAAGGUGUCUGCGUAUUCGCAAUCAGAACAAGUGAAAUUGAGGAAAGAUAUUAACAUCUCACCAAAGGGAUAAAGAGGACUGCACUGCAGAAGAGACCACCCGCCAUCCCCAGACUCCAUCUCCAAUCAAGAUGUCAACCUUGUUUCCUCCACUUCUCCAAUCCCGCACAAACACAUUUAGACAUAACAGGCACACAGAUCAUCCGGUGUGGGACAGUAGUCUGCUCCAUCUCCACCCCUUCUGGCUAAACAAAGACUGACACAAAGUGUUAAUCUGGGAAGUAGAUCGGCUGUGAUGUUUGACCUUCAAUUUCAGCAUCUUCAGGCAUCCCAGUCUUCUUGCUGAGGAAAGAGAUAUUUCUCAUCCUCUGCACUCAAUCCCCCUCCAUCCACAGCUUGUUGUUGCGAGUUUCCGCCUACUGGUUGGAGGCGAUAUUGCAGUGGAAGACCACAGUUUAGAUAUGCAGAUCUCCAAGAAGGUGGAGCAUAUGCCAAACAUAACAGCUCUGCCAGGCUGCCAAUCAAACAUUUGGAACAAGGCCAGUCAAUUCCUGCCACAGAAGGAUGGACCAGUUUUCUUCUUUGUGCGUGUGUAUUCAAAGAAGCGUGGUUUAAUCUGUCUGUACAAUUAAGGUGAUGCUUCAGACUUGCAGAAGCAGAAUUGCUCUAGAAGAUGGACAGAAUACUCUCUCAGCUCAAAACCUUUCUCUCACUCACUUCCCCUGACUAUGUGUAUCAGUAUCUGCAACACCAGCAAAACACUCUGUACUCUUUCUUAACCUUUUUCCUUUCUCUCCUUUCUGAGGGAGAGGUGUUCCGGAACUGGACACCCAAAAAAAGACAGGAAGAGAGAAACUUGCACACCCUGGAGGGAGUACAAAAAUCACAGCAGGAGCUCAAAAAAUAGAGGGAUGAGGUGAAGUUUUAUUUCAUCCUUUGGAGCUCAUCUACCGUUGGAGAAGAAUGCUAGAAGAUAAGUAGUCCGCACUACUGGAAAACAGUGUUUGCUGGUUUAUUGUGCAAUGAAAAUUGAUUUAUUCACUGAUUUGAUUGAGGAUUAUACAGGGUACAGGCCUCAGCAAGCAUUUUGGCUAACUGUUCAAAUGGCUGCUAGUGUUGUGGCCACUGGUUUGGAGGCUCUCCACCCAGUCUGUUCAAUUACACGCGCCCAUUGAAACGCCACAUGGCUUAACAAAGAGUAGAUGGGUUGUGUCCCAACAUAUCAAGACGGCUAGAUGGAAAUCAGUGACCACAGGGGCAUUUGGGUUGGAUUUCUCAUUAUUUAUAUCUGUAUCCAUCUUAUUGUGGUGCUCUUACUUAAGAACUUCCCUCUUGGGUCUCCUAUCGCAGAACAAUCAAACUGAGUAGAGAGAGAGGGGUCAGCAAAUGUUUCAGUGAGCUGGUGUCAGUGGUGCAUUCCUGAGGUUCAGUUGUAUUUUUACGCUUUAUUUUUUUGCCAAAUCCCAAUCAGUGCUAAGUUAUGUUCAUCACUUCCUUUCCAGCUAUGGUUACAGGAACAGCCUUAGUUAGUUCCAAGGUGCCUCAGUGUAGAGUUCACUUACACAAGAUGCCAAGAACAUUUAGCUUAAAGGUACACUGGGUUGGAAAGGUGGACACAGAGCCAAAAUAACUCUUAAUUUCACAGAGUACUGUAAGAGGUGAAUGCAUGGUUAGCACCUGUGUCUUUAUGUCAUUUGUUUCGACUAAAGCAGAGAAGUCAAUCUAAAAGCCAAGUGUGUGUGUGUGUGUUUGUGUUUGUGUGUGUGUGUGUGUGUGUGUGUGUGUGUGUGUGUGUGUGUGUGUGUGUGUGUGUGUGUAUGUUGACAGUGUGUGGAAGAAGGUAGGCCAAAAGUUUAGUUUAAAGGCUGGUUUAUACUUCUGCGUCAAGAGAAUGGCGUGACCCACUGUGCUUGCCUUGCACAUAGUUGCACAUUCAUACUUCUGCAUGCUGUUUGUGUUGCUCUGCAAAAACACUUCAGAAACGCUAGCUGGCAGUAGGUUUUUAUUAAGGGUGUACGGAUCACACCCAACGGUUCGGAACUUGUAGGUUAAUUCAACAUUUAUAACAAUUGCAGUGAGAUCGCCUCCCGUGUCAUUCAAAUAAGCAUUUUGAUUUCCCCGUAAAAUAUAAUGAUGACAGAAAAAGUUGUGGUUGGACCUACCUAACCUAAAUGCUUUCUUAGGAUAUUAAUUAAAGGUGUUUUCUGUCACUGUUUGUUUAGGUUGCAUUAAUGCAUUCAGUGUAAAGCUGUACAAUUAAAUAUUAAAAGAUUGUGAUCUCUAUUCAAACCCGCGCAACAUGAACGAUAAAUAAUAAUGAUUUGCAUUUGUUUAUUAAUCUUUCAAAGUGUCGCAAAUCAGCGUUUCAUCGAGAGAGAUUCCGUUUUUGCACUUUCUCAGUUCGUUUUAAACAAUGAAAUAACACAGAAGAACUAGCAGAACAGUUUAUAGUUCAGAUAUAAACACUGAUGUUUAUAUCUGUUUGACGCUGGUGAAAGCAAUUACAUCGUGUAACCAACAAGGGGCGACAAACAAACAUCAAAAUUAUGUCACUGAAUAGGUUUUCAGAAAUGAUACACCUACAGUAUAAUGAAACAGGAAGUUUUAUGUGUGAAUUGUUGAAUCAAUAAUAGAAAACAAAAAUGAUCUGUUGUACAAGAUGUUCGAUUUUUAUAUCAGCAACAGUAGCAAAGAUCAUUUUUCGUAUUGAAUAUUUUCCUUGAUUUCAGCUGCUUCUUUUUUGAUUUAUAUUUUUGUUAAAAUUACAGGUUCACGGUUCUGUUUAUUAAAACCAAUGCUUUUUGCAGUAAUAUUUUUGUAUAAAUGGAAAGCAAGUCGCAUUUGUCUCCUCCCUUUUUUGUUGAUCUGAAAAAUAGUCUGAUCCGUGACUCAAAAACCCUAGUGUGAUCCGAACCGUGAGAUUUGUGAUCCGUUACACCAGUAGUUUUUAAUGUUCCUCUGUGUCGAGUUUCUUUGUGGGUGUUUUGUUUUUUCUGAAUGCUUCCUUAAUGUACAAGUAGCUAAAACUCGCUCAUUCAGAGGCGGGAACCGGCGGACGUGCAGCAACUUUAAUCAUAAGGUAAACACAAAACAAGUUCCAUUUGAACUCCAUUAGAGAAGAAUUUAACUUUCUUUUUUACUUUAUUUACUUUUUAAAAUUGUAUUUUUGUUUACUUUAGAUCUUUUUAAAUGAAUUCGACUUUACUUUUUAUGAUUUUGUUUUAUUUUUCAGUUUUGUUUAUUUAUUUAUAGAUUUUUUAAAUUUAUUUUGUAAUUUUAAAUUGAUGUUUUGGGGUGGCAUGGUGGCUCAGUGGUUAGCCCUGUCACCUCACAGGUUGCUGGUUCGAGUCCCAGCUGGGUCAGUUGGCAUUUGAGUUUGCAUGUUCACCCCAUGUUUGUGUGAAUUUCCUUCGGUUGCUCCGGUUUGCCCCACAGACCAAAGACUUGUGGUAUAGGUGAACUGAAUAAACUAAAUUGGCAUAGUGUAUGUGUGUACAUGAUGUUGUUUGGGUGUUUCCCAGUACUGGGUUGCAGCUGGAAGGCCAUCUGCUGUGUAAAACAUAUGCUGGAAAAGUUGGCAGUUCAUUCCGUUGUGGGAACCCCUGAUGAAUAAAGGAACUAAGCUGAAAAGAAAAUGAAUGAAUGACUGAAGUUUCUGUUUUGUUUUUUGCUCUAUUGUGUCUUUGUGAUUUCUCUAAUAUUAAGUUUAAUUAAGUUGAGUUAAACUGGCCAGCAGUGACCCAAAUCUCCCCUCUCUUCCCUUCGACCUUUACCACUUCUCUCUCCCUCUUUCCCUCUCAUUUUUUCUCUCACUCUCUACUCCUGGACGACGUACAAAGAACAGUGCAAUCCAACCCGAUCCCUCUGUACUUUUUUGCAGCAGGAUUCAGUUUCACAGCGGUAUAUUUUUUUAAGAGUGGGCUCAGAGGUCUAAUUGUGACUGGAUUUCUCUCUGGGGUUCGUAUGUGGCGGAGUCUCAUUCCAGUGUCAGAUUUAAACACACACACAUUCCUGUGUCAGAUUUAUUUUGUCAGUGCUGAUACGGCUGGCUGACCCUCCGUCUGGAUAGAGGUGUUACAGAGAGCAGAUUGAUAAAAAGGGCAAAAUGUCAGAGGAGCACAAACAUGAUGUAUGUGUGUGUGUGUGUGUGUGUGUGUGUGUGUGUGUGUGUGUGUGUUUAUGUGAACGCAGAGGAGAAACAGUGAAUCUCAGUGUUGAUCUGAAGAUUUUUGAUACUGUGUGUGCGGCACUAGCAAAUGUACAUUACAUGUCUGGAUUGGUCGUGAGGAGCCAGAAACAGCAUCGUAUGUCGCUCUCAUUAUUGGCUCAAAUUUCCUCGCUUUCCCUCUCUCUCCUCCUCCUCUUUCAUACUGAGCCCUUUCUCUUCUGUUAGGAACUGUUUUAGUAUGAUUGAAAGCUCAUGUAUAGUUACGAAGCUUCUUUUCAACUAUAAAAAGUUACAGAAAUUAAAAUUAUUGCACAUUUGUUAAGAUAAAAGUUGAUACUCUGGAUAGGCCUACAAAAACUAUUAAAUUAUAAUAAUGUAACUGUAAUGGUGGGCAUCACGGUGGCGCAGUGGGUAACAUGAUCGCCUCACAGCAAGAAGGUCGCUGGUUUGAGCCCCGGCUGGGUCAGUUGGCCCCAUGUUUCCGUGGGUUUCCUCCAGGUGCUCUGGUUUCCCCCACAGUCCAAAGACAUGCGGCAUAGGUAAACUGAAUUAGCUAAAUUGGUUAUAGUGUAUGAGUGUUGCCCAGUGUUUGGUUGUGGCUGGAAAGGCAUCUGCUGCGUAAAACAUAUGCUGGAUAAGUUGGCGGUUCAUUCCGCUGUGGCGACCUCUGAUUAAUAAAGGGACUAAGCCAAAAAGAAAAUGAAUGAAUGAACUGUAAUGGCCCUUAAAAUAAAAAUGCAGUCAGAAGGUGGGGACAUGUGACAUGCUAAAAAAUGUAUUAUCGAUAAAUUAUUUGAUUUGAUCCAGUAGUGAAACAAGUCAGUGAAUCAUUUAUGCAAUCUGAUAUUUAAAAAAUGAUUCAGUAAAAUGAAUUAAAUGUUUAUAUAAAGUGCAACAUAUAACUUUUUCAGAAUCUCUAGUAAAUUGCUUGUGUUGUCUAUUUAGAAUAGUGUUGUUAAGAUACUGGAAUAUCCAACUUUGAUACGAUACCUUGAAAAAUAUCGAAAUUCAAAACCAUUUUCAAAACUGUGGGGAAACAUUUCCCCUACAUUAAAAGAAUGCAGUUAAGGGGGCGGGGGGAAAUUUAUUGCAUAUGAUGCUUAUACCAAGUACAUCAGCAGUCCUUAAAGAGCCCCUAUUAUGCAUUAAAAAGGGUCAUAUUUUGGGUUUGGGGGUCUUCAAGACCAGUCUGAUAUGCAUGCAAGGUCAAAACACUUUCAUUGUCUUAUAAUAUGAUUUAUUUUUACCUAUUUAUGCCAACAACUCACAUGUGAUUCGUUCAGCGAUUCAUUUGUUCCCAAACCCCUUCUUAGUGCGAUGCUAAUCUCCGCUGAUUGGUCCGAUGACCCAGUCUUGUUGCUGUUGGUUGAGAAAUGCCCACCACAGCUUAAUCAACAAUUUUGAAAUGUAUGUGUGAGCCGUACCUGCCAAUACUCCAGUUUUUUCCAGGAGUCUUUCAGUAUUUCAGACCCAUCUCCCUCCCAUUUUGUUAUUUCUCUCGGAAAAGCUCCUGUAAUUCCCACCUCGUUACAGUGGCAAAUUAAUUCUAACCACUGUGAGUCGACUCUUUUAUAGAUGAAUCAAUAGUUUUAAACACGGUGCACUUUCAGGUUUAAACAUCAGCUGGAUAUUUCACUUCACUUAGAGCUGUGUUACACACUGCAUGGAAGGUCAUUUUCAAAAACCCAUAAUAGGGGCUCUUUAAGUCCAAAAGUAAAUGACAAAAAAGCUAAAAUUAGUGUAACUUUAUCUUAUUUACUGAUGAAAACAAAAGUGUUAUUAAGUAUUUUUAUUAAUUAUAUAUUAUUAAUGAUUAUUCAUCUCCCUGCUGGCGAGAAGAGAGUGCGAGAGAGCAAAGACAGUAGCGAUACUAACCAAAAGCAAGAUUGUAUUGUUUUAAAUAUUUCAGUAUUGAUAUUUAUCAAUAUUUUUGACAACACUAAUUCAGAAUCAUGAGAGAAUUGUAACUUCUGUUAAACAAACAAAAACUUAUUCUCAAAUUUUCUUGUACGUCAGAUACUGAACUCUACCUGCCUAUGAAGCCUAUAACCUCACAACUGCGAGAAAACUCUACAACUCAAUAUUUCGUUUUUGUAAAAACUGGUUCAUUUCUUACAGUUUGGAGUAUUUACGUAUGUCAAAAGCAAAUCUUUUUUUCUUCUGAAUUGAGAUAAUUCAAAUUAAAUGAUCUUUUAUUUAUUGUUGUGGUGAAACAGAAGCCUGUUUUCAUAUUCACAGUAACAAAAACUCAAUGCAAAUGUGAGCUAAAACUUAGAAACAUGGUUGAUUAUAUUAUAUCGCAUUUGUAUAAAAUAAAAUUACAGUUAUGAGAAGCGUAAGAUAUAAAGUAUUAAUGCAAGACAUAAAAGUACAAUCUCAAAUACAAUAAACAAAUAUACUAUUAUAAUACAACCAGAAGCAAGUUGCAAUGCUAGAAAAAAAUAUCACAUUUUAGGAGACAUAAUUAUGUCAAAGUACAAUUACAUUUUAUGACAUUACGAAUGUCAAAACUUUGACAUUCAGAGGUUCUACAAAAAAUAAUAUUAUUGAUUAAAUGAUUCACUCAGACUCUUGUUUUAUACAAUCUUCCUCCAUAAGGAUGUGCUCUUUAAAGAAGCUUGAAUUUUGAUUGAUAGGCUUAAUGAAGGACGAUUUAAGGUUGCUUCUUAUUGUAAUCGCUCUUCAUAUUGCAUCACACACCAUUCAAACACCCGUUACUGCUUAUUGCGCAGACAUGAAAUAUAUGACUGUUUUUAUUAUUAUUAACUUCCCUGUUUUUGUGUGCGUAUAUAUGUGUGUGUGCUUGUAUGUGACCUUGCUGUUGUAACCAGAGCAGCACAGACUGGGCCGGGACAGAUUUAGCCCUGAAACCCAACACUGUUGUAGUGUCUGCGGUCCCACGCAGACAAGACAAUGACACCAGCAAAAACGUGUGUGUCUGUGUGUGUGUGUGUGUGGUGAAGCUGUCCUUGACAACAACAGAGAGACACUGUGUGUGUAUGUUGUAUGGGAGAGAUAGUCAUUGCACUUAUGGUAAACACUGUACAAUUGUGUCAACAAAACUCAUUGAAAUUUGUUUAAAAUCGUAUUAGAUUUGCUGUCUAGUGCUAAUAGUAAUAUCAAAUGUCACUAUUUUCGGGUUGCCAGAUCUUUCCCAAAACUUGCCCAAUAAGCUAAAUAAAAUGAAAUGUUAAAUAUUAUUCAUUUAAAAUAACCCUUUUCUAUUUUGAUUUACUUGAAAACAUAAUUUAUUAUUAAUUUAUUUGAAAUUAUUUGUGCCAUUAUACGUUUUAAUUGCCAUUUUGAUCAAUCUAAUGCUUCCUUGUAGAAUAAAAAUAAUACAAAUUACUCUGUGACAUAAUUGAGAAACAAAAAAUACGUAUUUUAAUAUGAAACCAACCAAACAAUGGGAGGAAAUUUAGUACAGAUAAAAGUUCUUGUGGAUAUUUAAUAUAAUAAUGAGUGCAAAUAAACCGAAGAAGGUAUUCCGGUAUUAAAUUGCUGAAAUACAACAUAACAACUGUCAUAUUUAUAAGCAAGCGUAUUGAAAAAAAAGGCAGUCGCUUAUUAAAAGAGGAUAUGGCAACAUUGCUCCACUAGAGGGAAGUGAAGUUUCCUCCAUCAGCAAGCUAGAGCAGGACAGAUGAGACCCAAAGAGUUAAAGUGAACUGAAAUAACAAACCAUAGAGCUUGAGUGCAAUACUGUAAUCCAAGAGCCUUUCAAAGGAUCUUCUAGAGAGGCGCCUGUUUCAGCGGCCAAACUGUCUUUCAGCCCUCAGGCCGCGUUCAGAAAGAGCAUUUGGCUUUUCCAUUCACCAAAAUGAGUCAGUCUGAAAUGUUUGAAGGGCCUUGGUUUAAUCAGACAGGGGAACAUGAGCACGACUGUGGCCGAAAACAGCCACACGCACACAAACAAGAUGGAGACGCAGAAAGCCAUUCAGUCCAACUCAAAUACCAGCAAAACCAAUCAAUCAGAGCAUCAGAGUUACACAACAAUCGCAGCAACGCUGGACAACUGACAUUUCAGUGUGUGAUGAAACAUCACUCCUGUAGCCGUCUGUUCAUCAUUCCUGAGGGCGAUAUUACGAGGAUGGCUUUCGUCAACAGCCAGAAUUAUGCAACAACUAAUUCUUCUGCACUCUGUGUCUGUGAAUUAACAAGAGCAAACUGCAGUUUUUAAGGAUCUAAUCUUACACUUUUUGAGGCGAACAUUUGAGCUGCCUUAAUUCUUUGUGCUCUGUAAUUACAGACGCCUGCUUGUUUAAAAACACACUUUGUAAAACACACACACACACACACACACACACACGAAUAAUAAAAUCAACUUUGUUAUCUGGCUAGUAUGGAUGUAUAGAUGCUUUGUCUGUCCUGUAUGAAUCCAAGAUUUUGCUAAAUUUGCCCCUCACCCGUUCUGCUCCUUUCACCCCUCAAACCUUGUACAUUUUCCCUUGUUGCUGUUUCUCAAUCUUUUUGUGUACUUGCAGAACAUUUUAUAGUAUUAUUUAUUACUGGCAAGCCUUUGCAUUUGCAAAUAAUAAGAGCAAGAGAGAUGGUUUAUUGAACAGGGUAGCAGAGACGCAGCAAAGCUGCUCGAUGAAAAGUAUGUCUGUUUUUGUUCAUUUUCUAAAUAAAGGAAGGAAAUGGCAGAAGAGUAAAAUAAAAAAGAUGAACUUGUCUUUUGAUUAUGAAGUUGUUAUAAAACUUGUUGCUUUAAAAUGUAUCAUUUUUGUGUUGUAACAGUAUUUGUUUAACCCAGUGAAUUGCUUAUUAAAACUGAAUAAAUAGAGGCACACUCCAA